ACCCAUUUUCGAUAUGGAUACAUGAAUGUACCUAUCUUGUUUUCAUCUAUUUCAGUUGCUGGCCAAGGAUGUAUACCGCGCGUUACAAAUAUCUACUGAAGCGUUCCUUUGUCAACAUACGAUUGUAAAGACUCGUAUUUCGUUUUUCAUUCCUUAAAUUACUGCUUGGGUCGCCUUAAACCGAUUUCAAUAUGACAGACGGAAUAAAAUAACUGCUGAAAAAAAAAUCAAAACAAGAGAUGCACCGUGGAGUUUCGUUUCAGAAACACUUGGAUAGACUGCAACAAAGAACAUGGAAUUUAACAUUACACCGACAGCAAAACACUAUAGCCAAUGCCGAAAAAGACAGUUUUGCCAUUACUGGGCAUCGUUUCACUUUAAACGGAACCAUCAAUUUUGAUGAUGCAGAGAAAGCUUGCCAAUCGAAAACCACUUGGGAUCUCCUGAGAUCCUCUCUGAUUCUGAAUGCUUGCUCGGUGGAAACGUUUGCGAAACAUAAUUACCAGAUUUUGUCAUGGACUCGCCGAUUGAUGGGGAGGUCCGUUUUCAACGCCAUGAUGCGCCCCACGGUCUACAAACAGUUCGUAGGGGGAGACGACUUCACGUCAUUCCAAAAAACAGUUAGUCGUCUGCAAACCGCAGGGGUGAGACCCCUCGUCAUGGUCACCCUGGAAGAAGACGUCAAAGAUGAUGGACCUGACGCUGACGAGCUUUUUGAUAGAAAUCUUAAAAUCAUGAUAGACUGCAUGGAAAUGACAGCAUCACUCGGAAGCCAGAACCCGAUGAUGCAAAUCAAACCGUCUGGACUUUUCCCUCUUGCCUUAUGUAAAUCUAUUUCCACUGAAGUUCCAUUUCCAAGUUCUCAACCGGAAAUUGUGGAGAAAAUAGCAAAUUCGAUAGAAACAUCCAAAGAGGUAACGGAAUUGGGAAAACUUUCAACGACGGAAAUUGGAGAACUUAACAAAGCUUUAAACAGAAUAAAUCAAAUUUGUGAGGUUGCCAUGAAGAGAAAGCUAAUGAUUAUGGUAGAUGCCGAGUACACUUAUUUGAAUCCUUGUCUGAACUUGUUAACCCUGGCUAUGAUGCUUCACAGUAAUCGCUCCAAACCACUCGUAGCCUACACUUACCAAAAUUAUCUUAAGGAAACCCCAAACAUUCUCUUGAAGGACAUCGAGCUUGCGCAGACGCAUGGCGUUACGUUCGGUGCAAAACUCGUGCGUGGGGCUUACAUUUACAAAGAAAGAGCUUUAACCAAGGAGAAAGGAUACCCAGAUCCCGUUUGUGAAACUUUCGAGAAAACGACCGAAAACUACAACCGUUCAAUGGACAUCAUGAUGGAGAAAGUCGCAAAGCAUCCUGGGAAAUUCUGCGUAACUAUUGCAUCUCACAACGAGGACACGGUCAAAAGAGGGACGAACAAGAUGGCUGAACUGGGCAUACCAGGAAGAAGUUUAGACCAGAAAGUGUUCUUUGCACAAUUGUAUGGAAUGUCCGACUUCAUUUCGAUGUCUUUAGGCCAGGCAGGCUACAUGACGUACAAAUCCAUUCCCUAUGGCACUAUUGAUGAGGCUCUUCCAUACCUUUCUCGAAGACUGAAUGAAAAUAGUUCCAUACUGGGCGGAGUCAGAAGAGAACGCGAAAUCAUCCGCGCGGCCCUUGGUCGUCCUACUCCUUUCAAAAUUCUCCAGAUUUUGUCAUGGACUCGCCGAUUGAUGGGGAGGUCCGUUUUCAACGCCAUGAUGCGCCCCACGGUCUACAAACAGUUCGUAGGGGGAGACGACUUCACGUCAUUCCAAGAAACAGUCAGUCGUCUGCAAACCGCAGGGGUGAGACCCCUCGUCAUGGUGACAUUGGAAGAAGACGUCAAAGAUAACGGACCUGACGCUGACCAGCUUUUUGAUAGAAACCUUAAAAUCAUGAAAGACUGCAUGGAAAUGACAGCAUCACUCGGAAGCCAGAACCCCAUGAUGCAAAUCAAACCGUCUGGACUUUUCCCUCUUGCCUUAUGUAAAUUUGUGUCUGCUGAAAUUCCAUUUCCAAGUUCUGAACCAGAAGUUGUGGAGAAAAUAGCAAACUCGAUGGAAACAUCCAAAGAGGUGACGAAAUUAGGAAAUCUCUCAACGAUAGAAAUUGCACAGCUCAAUAAAGCUUUAAACAGAAUAAAACAAAUUUGUAAGGUUGCCAUGGAGAGAAAGCUGAUGAUUCUGGUGGAUGCCGAGUACACGUAUCUGAAUCCAUGUCUUAACUUGUUAGCCCUGGCUAUGAUGCUUCACUGUAAUGGUUCAGAACCUCUCGUGACAAAUACUUAUCAAAAUUAUCUCCAGGAAACUCCAAACAUUCUUCUGAAAGACAUCGAGCUUGCACAGACGCAUGGCGUUACGUUUGGUGCAAAACUCGUGCGUGGGGCCUACAUCUACAAAGAGAGAGCUUUAGCCAGUAAGAAAGGAUACCCAGACCCCGUCUGUGAAACUUUCGAGAAAACGACCGAAAACUACAACCGUUCAAUGGACAUCAUGAUGGAGAAAGUCGCAAAGCAUCCUGGGAAAUUCUGCGUAACUAUUGCAUCUCACAACGAGGACACGGUCAAAAGAGGGACGAACAAGAUGGCUGAAUUGGGAAUACCAAGAAGUUCAGACCAGAGAGUUAUCUUUGCACAAUCAUAUGGAAUGUCCGACUUCAUUUCCUUGUCUUUGGGCCAAGCGGGCUACAUGACGUACAAAUCCAUUCCCUGUGGCACUAUUGAUGAGGCUCUUCCAUACCUUUCUCGAAGACUUAAUGAAAAUAGUUCCAUACUGGGCGGAGUCAGACGAGAACGUAAAAUCAUCCGCUCGGCCCUCGGUCGUCGUUUGUUCUCAUUCAACUAAUUAACAAAGCGAUAAAAGUCAACAGAAAAGGCAAAAAAAAAAUCAAUAAUAAUAAUAAUAAUAAGUGGGAAUAUUCUGAAAAAGAAUGGCAAUUUUCAAUGUGUUACCUGCAUCUAGGUAAUUUAUCAAAUUAUGUAUAUUUUAUUUUGACCGAAAUAUAUAAUUAUAUAUUUUAAAAAUCCAUAUGAGAUCUUUUGUAUUCACAACACCAUUUUGUGAUUAUUUGUAACGCAUUUAUACAUUUUUAUAAAAGAUUUAUUUGGUUAUUUUAUUGUAUUGUUAUUGUAUUUACAAUUAUUCAAUAUACAAAAAUAUUUGUACUUUUUUUUUACGGUUUAUGGUUAUUUAAAAUAUGUUAAACACUGGUACUCUAUUAAUGUUGUGAAUAAAAUAAUUCAGACAAUAAUGCACCUUAUUUUCUGUGUUAACUCACGGCUAUUUGUGUUUAAACUUUGUAAAACGACUGCAUGGUGACACGACAUACGACUUUUUUCGCUAAGAUGAAAACUAUGUUCAAAUUUAACAUGGGGAGUCUGCCUGAUUAUUUAUUUGAUAUUAUCCCUAACAAGCGGGAAAAUAUAUAUCGCGAUACAACACACGAAACAAGGAUCAGUUUAAUGUUCCUAAGUGCAGGUUAGAUUUACUUAAAAAAUCAUUUGUACCCGAUACUGUCAAUCAAUGGAAUUUACUAAAUAUAGAAGCCAGAACAGCCACCUCAAUCAAUUUGUUUUGCAAACAUAUGCCUAAAGUUACGAAACCCCCUAUUUAUUUUUCUUUAGGCAAACGCUGUACCAACAUUAUUCAUACAAAGCUGAG